UACGCGGUGGUCCGCUAGUGUUUGUGUAGAAGCAGACAUACGUAUACUCUGUCCACUUCGCACAGUUGAUCAUCUUUGUAUUGGAGUGCUGGUCCAGGUUGAGCAAGGGACUGUUUGACUUAGAAAAUCAACGGUGUGAUCAGUAUUUCCACUUUACGUGUUUUACGCACAAAAUGGACCAGAAAGACACCGAGAUGAAUGAAAAGGGAGUUACUUCUUCCAGUGGAGUUGUGGUCCAAGUACGAGAGAAGAAAGGACCUUUGCGUGCUGCUAUUCCAUACAUGCCAUUCCCAGUAGCAGUAAUAUGCCUAUUCCUCAACACUUUUGUACCUGGGUUAGGUACGUUGGUGUCAGCCUUCACAGUGCUGUGCGGCGCGCGGACGGACCUGCCCGACCGGCACAUGUGCUGCGUGUUCUGGCUUAACGUUGCAGCCGCCGUCAUCCAAAUGGUCACUGCCAUCGUCAUGGUGGGCUGGAUCAUGAGUAUAUUCUGGGGCAUGGACAUGGUCAUCCUGGCAAUUUCUGAUGGCUACAGGGAUCACGGGGCUCCCCAGCAGGUUUAAGGCCGGCCAGCUGAAUGUGACGCCUGGAUGUACAUUUAUCUCCUAAGCUAACAUCCCCCCCCCCCCACCUGACCGACCGGGGCAGAGCGAAUGCUGCGAGGCGGCCUCUUUACGGGGCGUGGGUCGAAGGAGGAUGUUCACAGGCGUAACCCCACCCCUAUCGACCGUACCGUAUCACCUACUACUACUGCUACUGCAACCCCGGCAGCUGCGCCUCCACUUCACAGCUGAAAGGCUGCCCAUGAAGACGUGUUUUCUAUACCCGCCCCCAAAUAGUCCUGUGGAAGCGAGAACGCAAGUGAAGUGAAAUCUGUGCCAACUGUACUGUAGUGUCUACUAAGGACUAUCCAAUCCUGUCUGACGCCACGUUUGGUGUCCUGAGGUUUUUAUUGGGGAGGUGAAAAAGUGCUGUUUAUUUCUCUGUGUAUAUAAUCUGUUGUUCAACCCACUGUCUCACGUUGGAUUGCGUCUUAACAAACGAGGACGGGUUUCCAGGUGCCAUUGUUGCAGACAGCCGUCUAACGUUAGACAGUGCUGUCCAACCACAUAUUUCAUAUUAGUAGUAGGCCUCGAUAUUCUGAAGAUGGUAUCUGUGUCUGUCGAGGAUUGGUAUAUUAUAGUACAAGUCUAUCAUAAAUUAAGACAUAACACACACAUUUUAUAGCCUUCUGUGACUAUUUAUUGGUUGUUGUUUUUUGUAAAAACUUGUUUGGUUGUGUGAAUCAUUACUGGUCCUGUUGCCAUAGAUACUGUCCAUUUUCAUCAUGUAUUUGUGCAAACACAUGGGACUAAAAUGACUGUAACUGUUUCAUGUCAUUUGUUCAUGUCAUUUUAAAGGUAGAAAUAAUUCAAAAGAAGAGAUGCCAUUGAUUGUAUUAUAAGCUUUGAUUGUUUGAUGAUUAAUUUUUUUAAACGGGUUUGUUACAGUAAAUGUCCUUCCUUAGGAGGCAGAUCCAGGGGACAGUUGACAGAGUAAUGUUGCACACUAACAAUCUGACAAAUAGGUGCUUUUGUUCAGAUAAGACUUGAACACGUAUUAUAAAUCAAGCAGUUAAAUUGUAUUCUUUGUCAAUUUUUAAGAAUGGAUGUAUUCACUAUUUGGCAUGUGUUUGAAGAAGGGAGUGUGACCAGUUGUUUUUUUUUGAAGUGUUGCAGAUAACAAAAGGUUUUUAUCCCCCACGGUACCUCAUAAUUCUGCUCUUAAAUGCAAUGGAUUUUGAUGAAUAUGCUCAUUGCAGACAGCAAUCACUUUCACAAAAGAUAUUCGAUGCAUUUUUUUAUUUAUUUAAAGAAUGCUUAUUGAGAACUGUUGAAUUAUUUUUUACAGAAUAAGUAAUAUAAUUGCCACAAAGGUGUAAAAUCACAUUGGCGUACAGAACAGCUAAUAGGAGUG